AUGAAAGGUUUGAGGACCGUUUCUCUGGUUUACGUACUGACGUUUUUGCUCCUUGUAUCAUUCGUCUCACAUUCGUGGAGCGCACCGAAGGGCACUUUUCAGCGGAGAAAUUGGACGCCCCAGGCCAUGCUGUAUCUGAAGGGCACCCAGGGUCGGAGGUUCAUCUCAGAGGACCGAAAGGAGGGAGAUGUGUACGACACCUUACAAUUAGAGACCCGCAGUCAGAAUACAGAAAAGCUGAGCGUCAACCAGGCUGCCACCGUCCUGCUCAACUUUCUGCAGCAGGCCAGGGAGGAAGCUGAUGAAAACCCAGAUCAGGUGUAUUUUCAAGACAUGCCAGUGUGGAAGAGAGACUACUUCCGAUAG